AUACUCGUGCCCAUUCCAGAGAGCCUGUCGUAUAUGAAUUAUGUUGCAUUCCACAAGCGCCUCGACAACAUCGACGCCAGGGUGAACUCGCUGAAGGGCAUGAUCCGGGAGGUCCGGGAGGAGGUGGAGCACACACAGGUCGAGGUCAGCACCAUGAAGGAACAGGUCGAGGAUCUGGAGAUCGAACUUACCAACCUGAAGGCGGACAUGGAGGUGCUGGCCUUCGGCUUCUCGGAGAGGAAGGAAUCCAAAGUCAUCAAAGCCGAACUGAAGAACGUUUUGGCGAAGGUGCUCCCCGAUAACAACACGGCCAAGAUCGAUACGGUUUCGGACCCGGCGAAGAUGGGAAUCAUUACCUUCGAUACGUUCCAGGACAAGAUCAAGUUCUACAAGGCUAUCCGCACGAACACCGACCCCUCCAUCCUCGGAAAGCUGUUCUUCCGGAAUAACCUAACGAAG